GUAUCACACCUCUGUGCUACAGCCUCUUCGCCCUCUACGACCCCCAGGCCAGGGUCUGGUUGCCCCCCAACCACCUUUUCCACAUCACCAAAGACACCAACCUCCACCUCCUCUUCCGCAUGAGGUAUUACUUUAGGAACUGGCACGGGAUGAACGAGAAGGAACCGGCCGUUUACCGCAACGCCCCCCGACCCAGCGACUCCGAGGAGAAGCUGCCAGGAGGAGCUUUGCUGGACAGAUCUUCCUUCGAGUACCUCUUCGAGCAGGGGAAGUUUGACUUCAUCAACGACGUGGCCUCUUUGAAGGAUCUCCACGCCGAGCAAGAGAUCCAGAGGUUCAAGAACGAAAGCUUGGGCAUGGCCGUGCUCCACCUUUCCCACAUUGCCAUCCAAAAAGGUCUUUCCCUGGAGGAGGUGGCCAGAAAAUACAGCUUCAAGGAUUGCCUCCCACGUUCCUUCCACCAUCAGAUCCAGCAGAACAACUCGGUGACCAAAUUUCGGAUGAAAAACGUCUUCAAGAAGUUCGUCAGACGUUUCCAGCAACACACGGUCAGCAAGGGCAAACUCACAGCCCAGGACAUCAUGUAUAAAUACUUGGCCACCUUGGAACACUUGGCACCUCGUUUUGGGAGCGAGAUCUUCCCCGUCCUCUCUUUGGAGACCUCUUCUGAAGGGGAGAAGGUUCAACUCUACGUCAACGGGGGGAAUCUGCCGGCGGAGCGAGGUCGAACCACGGGCCCCAAGGAUCAGCCCCUCACCCACGAGGUGCUGGUCACUGGGACCAAGGGGAUCCAGUGGAGGGCUCUGCCCAAGGAGAGCCCUGAGAACUUCCCCCAGCGUGGUUAUUUUGGGAGGAAGAGCAGAAACAAAGAGCUGGAACCCAAGGGCUCGACUCCGACGACGGAACCCAAGGAACCCAAGUGGUCCCAUUUCUGUGAUUUUCGAGAGAUCACCCACAUUGUCAUCAAGGAUUCUUGGGUCAGCAUCCACAGGCAGGACAAUAAGUGCCUGGAGGUUCUCCUCCCAUCCCCUGCCUGUGCCCUCUCCCUGGUGUCCCUGGUGGACGGAUAUUUCCGCCUCACCGCCGACUCCAGCCACUACCUGUGUCACGACGUGGCCCCUCCAAGACUGGUCAUGAGCCUCCUCAACGGCAUCCACGGGCCCAUGCAGGAGGAGUUCGUGCUGGCCAAGCUGCGGCGGGAGGAGGAGGAGGAGGAGGAAGGGCUCUACAUCCUCCGGUGGAGCCUCUUGGACUUUGACAGGAUGAUCCUCUCCGUGCUCAAGAGGAGCCACCAGCAGGGAGGCUUCAAGUACAGGCAGUUCAGAAUCCAGAAGAAAGGGAAUUGCUUCGUGCUGGAAGGUUGGGACAGGGAAUUUCCCACCUUGAGGGAACUCUUGGAUGUUCUCAAGGGCUGCACGCUCAAAUCCGGCGACGAGAGCUUCACCGUGAGGAGAUGCUGCCCACCCAAACCAGGAGAGAUCUCAGACCUGCUGAUCACUUGGAAGGUGAAGGACAACACGAAACAGAUCCUCAACCUGACCCAGCUCAGCUUCCACCAGAUCCGCAAGAACGAGAUCACUCAGAGAGCUCACCUGGGGCAGGGCACCCGCACCAACAUCUACGAGGGGGUCCUGAAGGUUUGUGGCCCCCCUGGGCCUGAGGAUGAAGCUGAAUAUUUCUCCACUGAGCAGAACAACAACAGCAGGGAGAUCCACGUGGUCCUCAAAGUCCUGGAUCCCAGCCACAGAGACAUUGCCCUGGCAUUUUUUGAGACCGCCAGCCUGAUGAGCCAAGUGUCCCACGUCCACUUGGCCUUUGUCCAUGGGGUCUGUGUGAGAGGCUCUGAGAAUAUCAUGGUGGAGGAGUUUGUGGAGCACGGCCCUCUGGAUGUGCUGCUGAGGAAGGAGAAGGGCAGGACCACUGUGGGCUGGAAAAUCACCGUGGCCAAGCAGUUGGCCAGUGCCUUGAGCUACCUGGAGGAUAAAAACCUGGUGCAUGGCAACGUGUGUGCCAAAAACAUCCUGCUGGCCAGGAAAGGGCUGGAAGAAGGAGCUGUGCCCUUCGUGAAGCUCAGCGACCCCGGCGUCAGCUUCACGGUGCUCUCCAGAGAAGAACGUGUGGAUCGGAUCCCCUGGAUCGCCCCCGAGUGCCUGAGGGACGUGGGGAACCUCAGCACGGCUGCUGACAAGUGGAGCUUUGGCACCACCCUCCUGGAGAUCUGCUUUGAUGCUGACGUGCCCCUGAAGGAGAGAACUCCCUCAGAGAAAGAACGUUUCUACGAGAAGAGGCACCGACUGCCAGAACCCUCCUGCCAGGAGCUGGCUGCUCUCAUCUGCCAGUGCCUCAACUACAGCCCUGGGGAGCGUCCGUCCUUCCGAACCAUCCUCAGGGACCUCACCCAGCUCCAGCCCCACA